AGAGAAAUUUGUUAGGUGAAAGUAUCCAGCAUAGCGAUGUCUCUUAUUAAUGAUCGAUGUAUCGGUCGGCUGCAGUGUGUAUGACAACGGGAGAAGCUUGUGCGCUUAUCUUACUGUUCACUAAAGUAUUUUACAACAGUUGUAACCUUGGAUUUGAGUCUUCUGGAUCGGCUCUGACACCAUGCUAGCCACAGUAACGGCUGUGGUUAGGUUUGCUCAGUACAAUGGCAGCACUUCACCCACGCCGCAGCAGAACGCAACAUCUCUCUCGACCUGGCAACCCGACACCGAAGCCAACAUCACCAAGCCUCACAGGUGUCUCCAGGUUCUGUACGAGGACAUCGGAGACUCCAGGGUGCGGUUCUGGGACAUUUUCCUGCUCGUGCCUAACGUGGCCUUCUUUGUGUUCCUGAUGUGGAAGCUGCCCUCAGCCAGGGCAAAGAUUCGUCUCACCUCCAGCCCCAUCUUCGUCACGUUUUACUUGCUGGUCUUUGUUGUAGCAGGAGUUGGGAUCACCAGGGCUAUAGUGUCCAUGACUGUCAGUGCAUCCAGUGCUGCCACCAUUGUAGAUAAAGUGCUGUGGGAAAUCACACGUUUCUUCUUGCUAGCUAUCGAGCUCAGUGUGAUCAUCUUGGGACUAGCUUUUGGUCACCUGGAGAGUAAGUCCAGUAUAAAGCGUGUGCUGGCUAUUACUGCUGUGUUGGCUCUGGCAUACUCCAUCACGCAGGGAACGCUGGAGAUACUGUAUCCAGACAGUCAUUUAUCCGCUGAAGACUUCAACAUCUACGGCCAUGGAGGGCGGCACUUCUGGUUGGCCAGCUCCUGCUUCUUCUUCCUGGUCUACUCUUUGAUCGUGAUCUUGCCUAAAACUCCAGUGAGGGACAAGAUAUCUCUGCCAUCUAAGAGGAGUUUCUAUGUGUACGCUGCCAUCCUGUCUUUACUGAACCUCAUCCAGGGCCUGGGCAGCGCUCUGCUGUGUGCUGGAAUCAUAGAGGGACUCUGCUGUGUGGAUGUCACCACCUUCCUCUACUUCUCCACCUUUGCUCCACUCAUUUAUGUCACAUUCCUCAAAGGCUUCUUUGGCUCAGAGCCAAAGAUCCUAUUCUCCUACAAGUCACAGGUGGAUGAGCCAGACGAAAGCGAUGUCCACCUCCCGCCAACCAUCGCUGCGACGCUUUCACGCAAAGAGAUGACCGACCAGGGCCUGUACUACUCCUCCACCCAGAUCGACGGCUCUGGUCCAGGCAGCUCUCGAAUGGUCGGAGCGUACCUCGACGACGUUGCCUCCGGACCCUAUGGGUCCAGCAGCAUUAACAGCAUCGAAGCCGACCGCUGGAGACCGAUCAACGUGUGAGGAGGAGGAUUCGUGCAACUGAACUUUAUUGUUGUGCAUAAGUUGUGUGUUAGGCCAAAAAAAAAAAAAAAAUGCAGAACAAAGCGGCUCGACACAAAGAAGGAUACUCUUGCUUGGGGCCAGAAUAAAUUAACAAGUGAACGCUUAAGGAGAGAACCUUCGCUUGCCUGUUUUUGGAGGACUGAGGUUAGCAAUUGCUUUUGUAACACUGUUGCCAGAGUGCACUGCUGCUAUAGCUCCAUACUAGGAGAACUGCCCUUCAUUGUGGCCCUGACAGCCUUGAUAUUGAUCCUGUCCUGCAGGCUUUACCGACAGGACCUUUUCUGUCAUUCCUCUGUUGAUGUUUUAAACCCGUUUUAUGUACCCAGGUCUGUAAAAUCAAUUUAACAUCUGUACAUUCCCACUAAAGGCUCCGAGUAACAGCAUCUCAGCUGACUCCAUCAUUAGCUGUGUUAGCUUGUAUCAGGUGUGUGGCCUCAGCUUGUACAACUGAUCCCCGAGUAAGGGCGUGUGAUAAUUAAUUUCAGUGUGUGUACUUUGUCUUCUGAAAUAGGUGCUGUCCCUGCUGUUAACAAGUGAGCUGUGUUUGUGUGAUGUGUGACAUAGCAAUAUAAUGUUAUGGCACUGCUAUAACGUUAAAGGUCAGAAAACAUCUGUAAGGCUAUAUAUUAGGAAUGACAGAGACACAAGAACAUUUGAAAUCGCGUUUGAUGCUUAAGCUCUCUGCUUUUCAUUUAUUUGAGCUCUUCUGUAUUUUCUGCUGUUGCUUUAAAUUCUUGCACCAGAUAGGUAAUUCCUGCUACUGGAAGCGCAUUUGCUAUUUUGUGCGUGAUUUGAAGAUAAGAAACCAUUUUGUGCAUUCCAGUUCAAACAUUUUUUUUUUUUAUUUCGUAACGGCGUAAGUUAUGUUUUUCAGUCCACGGUUCACAAAUGUUAUUGCAAGUGGUGAAAUUAGACCGGAAACAGUAUUGGUCAGUUAAAUAGUAUCUAAGCGGUGCUAUUGAUACGGCUUCUUUAUAUGAAAAAAGAGAACCGGUGUAGGGAUUUAUUGCCGGACAUGGAAUAUAAACUUCAUGAUUGGGUUUUGAUGAGUACAAAAUCCCCUUCAAAACAGAGUUUCCACAGUAGCCCAGAACUAUUAGUACUACUAUAAGAUGUCGAGUGGACCUUCGCAGCUUCUACAUUCCUACAUUACAGCUAAUGAAACACUAUCAACCCCACCAUUAUAUUAUUAUAAAUCUGAUCAAUAUUGCUCCUUAUCUGUAUUUUGUUAUUUGCAAGUAUCGUGAAAUCAGUGACUUGUCAGAACCUAAUUCAUUUAAAUCAUCUCAUAUCACAUAUUAUGUGAGUAUUAUAAGGCCGUGUUUGAUAUGGAUUGAUUACUGUGUUUAAGCUAGCAGUAUUCAUCAGUGAUAGUGACAUAUGCACAAAAUGCAGAGGUGCACUUACUUCAUAACUCUGAGCGGGAGGGAGUGGGGGUGGGGUGGAGGGGGACAGUAAAUUACUCACAAACAUGUGUUUCCAAGAAUUUUCCUUGUAUUCCUUGGGAGUUGGAUAUUUGGAAAUCCAUUUGGCUGUUUCGUGACAUGAGUUCACAUGGUGUGUGGCUGUGUAGUUCCAUUCUCUAUGCACAAGGUGUUUGAUGGUGAAAUCAUUUUUGCAAAUGGUGUUUGAAUUGCCUUUUCUUUUCAGCGCAUUGAUUGUACAGUAUUCCGCCCUUGAUAGUGCAGUGUGUUGAAUGAGCGUUUCAUGAACAACUUAAUAAACCAUGGCCUCUUCA